UUCACUCCCCUCUUCAGCUGCUCAGACACUGUCAUGCUUUCCUGGAGUGCUUGACCCUUCAUGGGCCUAAGUGCACAACCCAUCUGUUGGGGCAGAAGGUCUGUUCUGUUUUCUUCUAGAAUGCAAAUCACUGGGAAUCAUGGGAAAUCAAUGAAAGCAAGAGUAGCAGGCCAUUUGUUUGAGCGACCAGAGCAGAAGUGAAAUGUGAGCAGUCAGACAGUAGGAUGAUAAGGCAGUUUUACUGCUGGGGAAGAUAUAAGUUAGCAGAUUCCCAGAAAAACAAGUGGUGCCUAUCCUUGAGUUGUUAAAGAAACAAUCCCAUACAUCUACAGCGUCGUGAUUCUUCAUUCCUACCUGUGGGGAGAAAUCAACCACAAAAUGUUUGAUGUACCUGACACACCAUUAGGUACAUAAAUCCACUAGCAUUACCUUUCGACAGAAAAGAAACCAUUUCUCUCCUCAAGAACACAAGUGGAAACUAUAAUGCAUGAACUUGCAGCACGCACCUUAAAGGUGCUGAGUAUGAUGAUCGCCAUUUUGUCAUUCAUCUUAUGUAUCGUGCAAGCUGCGUCGGAUUCUAACAGUGGCCACACAACUGCCAACAAGUCUGAAAACCACAGCUCUGUUUCUCAUACGAUCCAUGUUGUUCAUAUCAACUUUGAGGAGAUAAAGGAGCCGCUCAUCUUUACUGUUGUCGUUCUUCUGGCAGGACUGAGCAAAAUAGGGUUCCAUCAUGCCAAUUUUCUGUCAUCUAAAAUACCUGAGUCCUGUAUGCUGAUCGUAUUAGGAACAGCAUUUGGAGCCAUCAUACACUUUUCACAAGUUUCAAAGGAACUUCCUGAGCUGUUUAGUCCACAUCAGUUUUUUGUUUUCCUGUUGCCACCGAUAAUUCUGGAAUCUGCAUUCAGUCUCUAUGACAGAACUUUCUCAGAAAACCUUGGAACUGUUCUGCUGUUUGCAGUUCUUGGAACCAUCCUUGCCUGCUUUCUUCUUGGUCUCUCACUGUAUGGAUUGAUGUUAUGUGGAGCCAUGGGUGACAUUGAACAUAUCAGUCUGGUACAAAUCCUUCUCUUCUCAUCUCUGAUUGUGGCUGUCGACCCUGUGGCUGUCCUAGCUGUGUUCAAUGAGAUUGGUGUGAAUCAUGUUCUAUACUUUAUUGUCUUCGGCGAGUCAUUGCUGAAUGACGGUGUGACUGUUGUGCUGUACAAGGUUAUGCAGGUCUACAAUGAGAUGGGUACCAUUCCAAUUGCACAGAUUGUCCUUGGCAUUGUCAAGUUUGUGGUUGUCUGUGCAGGAGGCCUUCUAAUUGGAGUUCUGGCUGGCAUCGUAACAGCUGUGCUUACAAAGUACACAUAUCAUGUCAGGGUCGUUCAGCCUCUUGUCAUCUAUACCAUGGCAUACCUGGGAUUCCUGAUGGCAGAGCUGUUUGAAGUGUCUGGUAUAAUCAGCAUUAUUGGGUGUGGGCUGAUCCAGUGUCACUACGCUUUCCACAACAUAAGUCCUAAAUCUCGCAUCACUGUCAAAUACUUCACUAAGGUGCUAGCGUCAGCCUCGGAGAUCAUCAUUUUUCUGUUUCUCGGCCUAGUUAUGGUUCAUGAUGACCAUGAAUGGCACACUGGCUUUGUGCUGUGGACGCUAUUGCUGUGUCUGGUCUACAGGUUCAUCAUUGUGUUUGCCAUGGCUUCGCUUAUUAAUCGUUUUGACAGAAUGAGAGUUCGUCGCAUCACAACUGAUGAAAUGUUUAUGAUUGCUUAUGGUGGACUAAGAGGAGCUGUGGCAUUUUCUCUGGCUGCCUUGCUUGAUGACAAAAGUCUGCCCAUGAAACAGAUGUUUGUCACCACCACCCUGUCAACCAUCAUCUUCACAGUAUUUGUACAGGGGAUUACCAUCAAACCCUUGGUUACGCUGCUGGCCAUUAAAUUGGAACCAGAGAAAAAUCAGAGCAUGUACUGCGAGCUGAAUGGUCAUGUUACUGACCAUCUCAUGGCAGGUAUUGAGGUGGUUGUAGGAAUGCAUGGACGAAACCAUUUAAGGGAGGAAUUAGACCGUCUAGAUGUGGACUACAUGCAAAAAUGGCUGGUGCUCACCCCGGUCAACUCAGACACUCAGCUUCAUGACUUCUAUGAAAAAAUUGUGAUGAAGGAACACUACAAGCACUUGAAGUUGUGCAAAGCUGCUUCUAUGAUUGGUGAAUCAAACCUAAACCCAGUCAACCCAUGCCCUCGUGUUGACACAGAGUAUUAUCUGAAAGGACUGACUGAAAAGGAGGUGGAAGAGGAAGGUGAAGAGGUGACACUCAGAAAACACGGAGAGAUUGUGCCACCAGUGAGUAUAAGGCAGUUUUCACGAGGUCCUCCACCUUCAGACAUCAACAACGCACACAAACUACGUGCUUUGCUGCAAUCACAACGCUUCAGUCGGAUGUUGCUGCAUAAUAACUACGAUCGAAACCUCACCACUGACAACAUUUACAACCUAAGCCAUGAACUGAAGAAGAAGACUCUUAAAAACCAACAGCUGGGUCGCAUUCUGUCACAAAUCAGAUCACGUCCCGCUUCUUGGACUGAAGACCAGGCCCAGAUGUGCACAGAUCGAGGUUCAGAAAAGUCAGACCUGGAGAAGAAUCGUCCAUCUAAAAAGAGACAGAGCGCUGACCAUAGACCUGGGUACCACCUCCAGAAUGGCCACUUACAGUCCUGCACACUCUGACAACACACCUACUACUCCACCUCUAGACUGUGUCUUUGAGGAAGACGAGGUGAAUAAAGAAGAUAAAAGUGAUAAUGCAGCAACUCCUUUAAUGCAGGCUUCUCUAGGGCGAGGAAGAGGGAGCAGAAAUCGUCUGCAGAGGCAAGACGACAUCAAAAUGGAUGACCUGGCAAGCUUACAGUCAGGAAAAUCUGUAGACUGAAGCUUCGCCUUAAGACUUCCACAGUUUUAUAUUUAUAUACUUUUACAUAGCAGCCACGCUUUUUGAAAAAAAUUUUAACAGAAAAUGGCGUAUGCUUAUUUUUGUAGUAGUUUUGAUCUUAAGUGGCUUUCUGCAUUCUGCAGCGGUAGAUGUAUUUCUAAACCAGACAGUUUUAGGUCAAUUUUGGUGUUUUCUUUAGGUUGUUUUUUUCUUUUUUGACUGCUUAUUGACCCAUAAGUCAUUUGACUUUUUUCAAGAAAGAAGUUAAUCAAAAGUUCACAACACAUGUUUUCAACAAACUAAUGAGAAAACUAUGUUCUGUUCACUUGUUCAUUUCUUGGAUUAACCUUUAAAGCUAAGAGUAAUUUUUGGAAACAGUCUAGUCACUUGUUGAUCUUACCCACAAGUAUGGGCUUGCUGUGAAGCUUCCAGCUGUACAUGUAUUUGACAGAAACCUAAACCCACAGCAGUUUAACUGGCUAAAAAUAUAAGACUUUUCUGUGAUUUAAACUGUGAUUGCUACCCAGACAUGACCAUGUGUGUUCAGAGAGUUCAACACAUGUUUUGUGGCAUAUCUUACAUUACAGAUUGCUAUAACUCUGAUUGGUCUGGGGAACACGGCAGUGUAACAAAUCUGUCGCCAGUACUUCAACAUGUUUAACUACAUUCUUCUCAUUUCAGGAAAACUACCAGCACUUUAUUCUGGGUCAAAUGCUUUUGCAUGAUGCAGGAUCCUUGCUUGCUGUUUUAUCUUAAUUUUUAUUGGCUUUUUUUAUUUUUAAUGAAACACUGAACUCACAUGCGCUGAGAAUAUAGAUGCCUUCAAACAUCUGCUUACUUGAUCUGAUUGUUUCCCCUUUUCCCACGUGCUUAUGGUAUUGCCUGUGUUUACCUUCAAUAUCUGUUACACUGACUCACCAGAGUGACUACCUCUAAAAGUCAAGGAAUUCGUCAGCUUUGUAAGCAAGUUAAAAAUACCCUCAAACAAUAUAACUGUCACUUAAAUUGAAAAUAUCAAUUUUAAAGAACAUUUAUAAUUCUUACCUUUAUCAUGCCCUCACCCUCUUGUAUGCAGUUCCAUGCUAAACGAGUCAAGUGCAACAGAGAAAAAUUGAUCCCAUGAAGUAGAGUUGUACACAGUGACUGCUCCUUUUAUCAGAACACUUCCAUACUGAUCCAGUAUAGGAACUGAUAAACAUUGUUGAGGCAAUCCACAAGAGAGGAAGAAAGAGAAUUAAGAAGAAAGCUGCAGAGGCUCUCAUGGCGCCAGAUAUAGCGGCACUAAAUGCUCCUGCUUGCUCACCAUUUUCAAUAUUUCUCAGAAAAUAAUCAAAAUCUCUCUUUUAAAGUGCUUAAUUAAUAAUAAUAAUUUGGUGCAGCUAUCAGACCAGGUAUAAUGAUUGAUUUUGAUUGGUGUUUGUGCCUUCAUCACAGGCAUCUACAUAGCACCUUGACAAUUGUUGUGUUUUGACAUCAUACUUGUUGGGGUUUUGUUUACAUUAUCUCAAAACAUCCUGCAAAAAUUUAUUCUUUUUGCUGACUUACACCCCAGUCACAGCCAAGCACUGUUUCCAUGACUUUGGCAUAUGGGGAACAGAUAAUUUUUUUUCUAUUGAUUUCUUCUUGUGUAUUAGCUAUUUUGCCUGCAUACUUAUGCUUCAUAUCAACAUUAAACAUUUUUUAAUCUAAUGCAUUAUAGAACAGUGUUUAUAUUUUCUCAGCAGUUUUUAUUCAUCGGCAUUCAAUGCAAAGUUGGGUCAUGAUCUUGAGAUGUGUAUGUCAUAUACAAAUAUUUAUUGUUUUGCAAUGCAUGGCUUUGUGUGUUGUUCAUUAGGUCUAUGGUAUUUAGCUCACACCUCAUUUAUGAGGCAUAACAUGCUAUUCAAGUCUAGCAAAAAGUGAAACUUUUAAGCCAGAGGCAAGCAGAUUUUACAAACAGUGUUUUGUGGAAUUUGUUUCUGUUUUUUUAUUUUUUUGUGAAACAGCCCACUUUCUUUACUAAGAGUAAUUUUACAACAAACAUUGCCAUGAAUACAUGAGGGUAAAACAAUGCAUUGCCACCUUCUCAGAAGUGUUUGCUCAAAUUCAAGCUAAUAUUUGACAUGAGUAAUUUUUUAUUUAUCUUUUGUUGCAACAGUCCACUUCAUUCAAUAAUCCUUACAAGUUUUAAACAACAAAUUUAUUGUAUUGCAUUGAACUUUUGAAGAGUGUAUGCUGUGACCCUUUCACAGACAUUGUACAGGUUGACUGCUCAAAUGAAUUCAGCUUACCUUAGCAAUAUCUUUAUUUAGGGCAUAUUUUGUGGAAUAUAUAUGUGCAUACUUGGAGUGCUUCUGCCUGCACCAUAACAUUGUGUAGCAUAAUGUGUGUUCAAUUUCAUCUUGCUUUUAGUGCAUGUAAAACAUUUUAUUACAGUUUUCUAUAUUGUAAUCAUGUAGCAAUAGUCAAAUGAGCAUGGCAUUAAUAAGGGGUAUAACUCAACAUGCAACAUUCUACCAUUGUGUCUUAGGGGUGUAUAGCAUCAAGUGCUGUUCACCACCCUGAAGCAGGAUAACGGUAUCCUUCCUUUACCAAGCAAUAUGAGUGAAGUGACUGUCACUUAUUGUCAUGACAAUAUCCUUAUUUUUCAAGUCACUUCUGAACUCAGCACCUUAGACAGCUAAGUUUACAAACUACUUGUAAAUUCAAAACUACCAUCUUUGUAGGUUUUGGGAAACUGGAAGCAAUUGGUAACUGGGCAUUGCAUGUGUUCUGUCUCAAUCUGCAGUAUUCAUGAAAACAUUUUGCAUGAAGAGCUACCCAUAUGCUUAGCAUACAUGUGUGUAUGUGUGUUUGGUAUGUUUUGGAGUUGACAGUCUUUGGGUAUCAUCUUCACAUUCUUUACAAACACAAUCCUUGUGUUGAGUUAAAUCUGCCUUAAAAACUAAGUAAACAUGAACUCCCCUGUCGGUGAAUGGAGAACCUAAUGAUUGUAGACCAUGUUUACUUUUUUCAGAGGGUUGUUUGAACUUGGGCUUUAAGGAGUUUGGUAGAUAGGGUAAUAUGCCAUCAAAUUUUACGGAUCUCAGGUGAGGUGCAGUGGUGAAAUCAUAUGGCAUAAUAGUACUUCUUUGUAAAGCUUUUGCACUGAGUUCAAUAUUUGAUGAUACAAUGACUGUUGUAUUUCUGUUACCUUCUGCUUUUGAUAAAUCAUUUAAUAGUGACUAUAAGAUUUCUGGCAAUAUUAAGUGUGUGAGGUUUUUAUUUUGGUGAUAAUAUUUUUUUUGCUGUAUCAUGUGAUCUGUAAAUGUUGGCAGUAACAUUUCUGAUUGUCUUUCAUAUUCUUAUCACUUUCAGGUUAUCAAUAUUGUUAAUUUUUAUGAGUAUUCUUCAAGUUUUAUAUAGAAAAAUUAUAUUGUAUAACAAAUGCCAUGUCUGUUUUUUCUACAUAGCUACAAAGUGGAUAUGUUAAUAAAUGUAAACAAAAUGUUCAUAUC